AUGCUCCCCUUUUUGCGAAUGUCGUCCUCCGGUGCUCACAAAUGGACCCUCUCAGAUGUGACGGCGCGAGAAGAGCAGAGUGAUCAAGGCCUGUUCCUGAUGGGCAAGUCGCCAGACACCUUUUGCGAUGUGAUCGCCACAGGGAUACCUGACGGUGUCGGCGUCCACUUCCACCCACCAAAGUUUCUCAAGCCAGGGGACUUGGUCGAGGUAUCCGUGACUGGACUGCGAAAGCUCAGGAAUCGGGUCUCAGACACCAGGCCCAAUGCCCUAGCAACGCAGCCCAGGUCCCGUCUUCCAAUAUACAGUCUGGAGCGCACGUGGGGUGCAGCCGGAUUGACCCGCGUGGGAGACAAGAUGAUCAACGUGCGAGAGAUCGGAUCACGGCCUGGUAAUACAAUCGUCUUCAUCCAUGGCCUGGGAGCUUCAUUGGAAUACUGCAUUCUGCUGAUCCUGGAAGCUGGUCUGGAAGCGAGAUAUCGCAUCAUUCUCUGCGAUCUGGAAGGACACGGACUGAUCAUGCCCGUGCUACUAGUCGCAGGGCAAGACGACAAGAUCUCGUCGACGACCCUGGCCGAGUCGUACGCCAAGCGGCUGCCAGAUGCAACGUUGGAAGUCCUCGAAGGUGUGGGCCAUUGGCAUGUCACCGAAGACAUCGCCGCCGUGACGAGAGUCCUGCGUGGCUUUCUGUGA